UGGCAACCUUGCCUUUAAUCAUAAUUCUUUUAAUUUUUAAGAAGUUCUUAACUAAAAUGCUAAAAGAGUUAAAUAUCGUAGAAUUUGAAGUGAAAAUUAUGAUUUAUAUAGUUCGCGAAAUAAAUUAAUAUUAUCAUGGAAGCAAUAAUAACAUAAUAUAUUAAAAAAAAACGAACAGGUGCACACAUUUGUAGUUGUCGGUGUAGAAAGAGAAGUAGUGAGCAAUAGUAAAAGUGUUACGGUAUUCAGUCCAUUCUUAAAAGGUCGUUACCCUUCAUUACAACGCAGUAUUGUGCUAAUUGUUUGCAUUUAAAUCCGUCAUAUAUCAAAUUGUAGAAUGUGGAAGUGUCAUAAAUGUGGCAAGCCAGUUUAUUUUGCGGAACGUAAGCAGUCCUUAGGUUAUGACUGGCAUCCGGAAUGUUUAAGAUGUGAAGAAUGUGGUAAACGUUUGAAUCCCGGACAACAUGCAGAGCAUAAAGGAGUGCCUUAUUGCCAUGUACCAUGCUAUGGAGCUUUGUUUGGGCCUCAACUGUUUGGUCAUGGUACACGUGUAGAGUCGCAUAAAAGUUUCGGCCUUAGGGGAAUUCAAAGGUCUGGACAACAAUCGGGACCUGCUUUGCCACGUGAUCAUUUAGAGUCAAAGUUAAAGGUUUACAAUCAAUUCUAUGACAAUAAAAGCAUGGAAAUACGUAGCCGUGAAGUGAAUAAUCGGUUAAUCUUAGAGGGAGCUUUACGGGUUUACUGGGGUGUGCAAGGGGUUAUACAUCUAAAGGAAGAUGACGAUCAGCGUACCUUUGUUGUGCGCAAAAGAAACUCUUGUCGUUUAUCCAAAGCCGAAAACGAUAGCCUGUCGGAUAAGGAGAAUAACGAAAUUAGCGAUUCCUACGAAGCCGCUACCACAACUAGUGACCAAGUGGAAGCUCUUUCUACUGAUGUAUCACUAAGUGAAAGUAUGACUUUCGAUUCUUGCAGUCUUAACGAAUAUCCCGAUUUACCAACUACACCUGAAGAAGCUUCUGCCAUUACCACUGGUAAUGUUGAAGCGUUAACCAAUGGCGCAAACUCAGAAGACACUGAGCAAUCGUCUUCCACUAUCACUCUAGCUGAUUCUCAAUCAAGCACUAUAAAUAGCAGUUCGACAAAUUGUAUCAGCUCUACGCUGCCUUCGAAGUUAGAUAAUUUGGAGAAACUAGAUUGGGAUGAAAUUGAUGACCUAUUGCAAGUGGAGAGACGCAUUAGUGAAAAGGACAAAGUUUACGAGACUAUGCCAAUGCGUUUACCUUCCAGUUCCCCGCAAAAUUCUUCUUCAUCAACCCCUUCCAAUAGCUCACCGUCUAAAACUUUAUCACACCAAUUAAGUACGGAAAGCAGUAAUAUUGAGGCGUCUUCCAUUAGCAAGACUUCUUCUUCAUCUAAUAACUCUUCACCAAUUUCAACCACUAGUGCCACUACUUCUUCGGAUAAUUUCCUUACAGCCACUGCCUCUCUAGCAACAAUCACUACAGAAACUAGCACAAAUGUUAAUGCCACAACAUCCACUACCACUAUAGAUAACUACGAAACUUCUGAUGAUGCCACUCUUAAACCAAUGGAUUUUGAGGAUUUUAAACGCAGUGUUCAUCAAGACUACGUUAACGGUGCCAAUUCUUUUCAAGAUCCCGCUGAUGACACUCUUAAGCGCAAUCAGCCUAUUGAUCCAUCCCGCAUACAUGAUUCAUUAAAAUUAUACAACGCGUCCGAAAAUGCAAUGAGUAAAAGUUUCAAUUGUGAGCAUGCACUUAGGUCAAUAGAUGCUUCUUUUAUCCAUGAUACACUUUCGUUCAAAACGGAACGAUCAGCUCAGAAACGUUUACCCUAUCCUCUGCAAAAAAGUGGCUCUGCGCAGAUUCAAAUUUUAACAAACGGGCGUUACGAAAAAGGCAUUAAUCGUUCUAAAUCCGGACCCUCGUGUAUCGAUUAUUCGGACAGUGAUGAUGAUGAUUCCACAUUAAAACCGCAAAAACGAUGUGCAGGUGGCCAUAUUUCGGCUACAAUACGUAAAAGCGAUAUACCUCCCCGUUUUAUACAAAUACAAAUGAAUUGUUAUCCCAAAGAUGGUGCGAGUGAUUGUGAUUCGUCUGGUCGUCAAGAUAAUCCACGGUCAUUGGCUUCUACUAAUAGUGGUGCUGUAGGCGGCGACGAACUAACGCAGACAGAAGAAAUGUUUACUGCCGCCUGUGGUACUCAUUCUAACUCAACGCGUCACGAGACCACUGAUCAGCCAAAUCUCGAGGAACAACCGUUGCAUAUAACAGAAGAUGGUGUUGUGCUAAGGAGACCACCUCGGACGGGUGCAUCAGCCAUAAAAAGGCGCAGUGGCAAUAGAAGAUCUCGCACUAAACUGAAACGUCGGUGUUCAAUAAACGGUCACUUUUAUAAUCGUGAAACCUCGUUCUUUACGCCGCCUUACGGUUCUCAAAUGUCUGUGUGGGUCACGUCAUUAGUAACCACUCAGGAAGUUAUCAAUUUAUUGUUGGAAAAGUAUAAGGUUGAUAGUCCAGCUGAGAAUUUUUCGUUGUUUAUAAUACGCGACAAUGGAGAACAAAAGCGUCUCAAAGAAACCGAAUAUCCUUUAAUAACGCGCAUCAUGCUCGGACCGCAUGAGGAUGUAGCUAAAUUAUUUUUGGUAGACUCUCGUCGAACCGACGAAAUAAGUAACGAAGUUGCUCAAUUUUUGAAUCUGUCACUGCCGGAAUGCCGUGCAAUUUUGGAACGCUACGAUCAAGAGAUGGAGCGUGAAGUCUCAAAGAUUAAAGACAAAUUUUCUGAAUUGCGUCGUCGUAUUAUUACGCGCAUGGAAUCUCUUAAAGUACAUUUAUAAAUAUUAUUUUCUCAAAAAGUUACGUCUCACAAAUGUUCGUUUUUUUACAUUUUAUUUUCCUUACUUCAAAAGUCCUUUUUCACAAUUAAUUUUUCAUUUGCCACCUUAAGUGGAGAAGAAGGUUUAGAAUUGUGUGUAUUUGUUGUAGAAUUUUCAAAGUUCCAUAUUAAAACCCGUAAUUCUUGAAGGACCUAUUAUCAUGUGAUAAUUGCUUUAAACCAUCCGCGCACCCUUGGUUACCUUUUGGCUAGAAAUAGAGGACAUACAUGAAUUCUGACUUCAUCCUCAAAUAUCGGUAUGUCAGUAUUUAGAUGAAUGAAAAGAUUACGUCUGACGUUAAAAUGACAUAACUUUGUUUAUACAUUUUCAAUUUUGGUUCAAUCAUUUCCCGCUCUUUGAGUUUCAUUGCAUAGUGAGUUUAAAAGUAGUUCAUUAAAUGCCACAUCAGAACAAGUAUCAAGCUCUAUAGCCUGUAAAAAAUCUAUUAAUUUGUUCAAUAAUUGAUAGGGCUGGGUUGGGUAUCUAAAGUCGCGUAGACAAACUUCAGUCUUUCCUUAUAUGUUUAUUUUGAGCUUUGUAACGAACAAUUAACAAGUGUCAUGUUUUCCUUUUUUAUUUUUUAAUAUUUUUAUGCAAUUUUGUUAAUUUACUUAAGUCCUCAUUUACAUUUCAAUCGCACAUAUGUUUGCAUAUUUAAUUAGAGCUAAAGUUCGUGAUGAAAAUCAUUUACAGUUAAUUUUUACCUAAA